GCCUUCAACCAAAACACCCUUAUUUUUCGAUUUGGGUUUCAAGUUUUUUCCCAUCAAACACCACCACCCCGCUCGCCCAAAAUAUUUUCGAAACUCCUCUGUCAAUGGCGGCAUUUCAUUUCCGCCGCGCUCAUUUACAGCAUAUUAAUACAGACAGAACCCAUUUCUGACUCUCUCCCACUAACAUUUCCGGCCAUUCUUAUUCUCUCUUUGAGUGGUUUUCUUGUGUUCUCCAUUUCUACUGCUCUGCAAUGGCGAACCAAGAGAAUUGCGGGAGGGUCACUCGCCUGGCGGCGAAGAAAAGAGCCGCGCAAGAGGCAGCCGCCGGCGAGCAGAGCAAGAAGCAGAGGGUGGUGCUGGGCGACAUUCAGAAUAUUCUAUCCUCACAAAAAGAUGUCCUGAGCCGGAAAAGUCAGGAGGGGAAGGGGAAAAGCAAGCCUAGGAAGAACUUGAAAAGAGGGAAAUUGGGUGCGGAUAAGGGGAAGAAGAGGUUGAAAGAGGAGAAUGAUCCUCAGAUUGAUUUGGACGGGAAAAGGGACGACCCGCAGAUGUGCGGAGCUUAUGUUUCUGAUAUAUAUGAGUACCUUCGCAAAAUGGAGGAAGAGGCAAAGAGAAGGCCUUUGUUGCAUUUCUUGGAGAUAAUUCAGAAAGACAUAAAUGCAAACAUGAGAGGGGUUUUGGUGGAUUGGUUAGUUGAAGUAGCCGAGGAAUACAAGCUUCUUUCAGACACAUUGUAUUUAACAGUUUCCUACAUUGACCGAUUUCUCUCAACAAAUGUCAUUAACCGGCAAAAACUUCAGCUUCUUGGUGUUUCUUCAAUGCUCAUUGCCUCGAAGUAUGAAGAGAUUACUCCUCCACAUGUGGAAGAUUUUUGCUAUAUAACUGAUAACACCUACACUAAGACUGAGGUUGUGAAAAUGGAAGCUGAUGUGCUCAAAUCCCUUAAUUUUGAAAUGGGGAAUCCUACUGUGAAGACAUUUCUUAGGAAAAUUACUAGGACUGCUCAAGAAGAAAAUGGGCUUUCGAGCUUGCAGUUAGAGUUCUUGGGUUACUAUCUAGCAGAACUAAGUUUGCUGGAUUAUGGAUGUGUGAAAUUCUUGCCAUCAUUGGUAGCUGCAUCAGUCAUAUUCCUUGCAAGAUUUACACUUCAUCCUAAGCAACAUCCUUGGAGUUUGGCCCUACAGCGCCAGUCAGGGUAUAAAGCUUCAGAUCUAAAAGAAUGUGUCCACCUAAUUCAUGACCUGCAAUUGAGUAAAAAAGGUGGUUCUUUGAUUGCCAUCAGAGAGAAAUACAAGCAGCACAGGUUCAAAUGUGUAUCGACAUUGUCUUCACCUUCAGAAAUACCAGAGUCGUAUUUUUAUGAUCUGAUAGAUGUCUGAUUGGGGACAAAAGCUGUUUAAGCCUUGAAAUCAAGGAGAUGUACAUAGAGCUUUCUUGUUAUAGCUAGAUGUGUGUAUUUUCUUGUUUGACUUGGGAUUUAUUCUAGAGCAGGCUUUGUUUGGAGAGAUCUUCUUCAGGAUGAACAAUAUUUCAGAAAUAUUGUGCCAAUUUUGCUAAUGGGUGGUCUGUAUGUAUUAGGCUACCAUGGAUGUAACAAGGAAAUCUGUGGAUGUAUGAUUUCUAUACUUGGUCACAUUGUUGAAGGUUGAAAAUUAAGAAAAACUUUGCUAUUUUAAUUUUGGCUUUGGCUUAAUGAUUUGUAUUGUAUUUUGAUACCAG